AUGCCAAUUAACAAUUCAUUCUUUAAACUCCCAGAAGAGCUCAAACGAGAAUUUCACAAAAGCUUUGCUUCUGAAGACGAUGCUAAAAUAUUCUUCUUCCUUAGAAAAUUGUUGCAGUUUGUUGAAAAUGAUAACAGCUCUUAUAACGUCUUAUUACUCUUUGAGAAUCCUUUGAAAAACGACGAAAAUAGAAAAUUCAUUGACAAUCUUAAUAAUAGCUGUAGGAAAUUUCUAGAGUCGAAAAAAAUGGCAAGUGACAAGCAUACGAGUGGAUCUGCUCUCUGCUACAUUGGUGUUGGAUAUGAAUAUGGAUUUUUUGGGUGUCCAAGAGACUACAGGGAAGCUUUUGAUAGCUAUUUGAUAUCAUCGCAGCUAAACCAUGACUUAGGAACAUAUAAGCUGGCACAAUGCUUUGAACAGGGCAAAGGAACAUCCAAUGAUAGUGAGAAAGCCCUUUAUUUUUACAGAUGCGCCGCAAAGUUGGGUCUCGUAGAUGCUUUACAUGUUUACGGAUCCAUACUUGCUAACGGAUAUUUAGGAACAAGAUCAGAUCAGAAAACAGGACUACAUUACAUGUCCUUGGCAGCUGUUAAUGCCAGUAAACUCUAUCCUUACCCUCUAUUUGAUAUAGGAAAAUGGUAUGAAACUAAGCAGGAGAGUCUUGAUAUCACUGUUGAUGAACAGUAUUCAUUUGACGUUUACAUGAAAGGCGCCAAUCUUAAUGAUCCCAACUCACAAUAUAGAAUAGCCAAAUGCUAUGAGAAUGGAGAACUGAAGAGGAAUAAAUCCCUUUCUACUGCCGUGGAUUGGUACAAGAAAGCGGCAGAGAAUGGACAAAUUGAUGCACAGAUGAUGUUAUUUGGAUUUUAUUCUACAGGUGUAAUGAACAGUGUGAGGAAGGAUUUUGGAAAGUCGUACUACUGGGCCCUACGGGCAGGGAUAAAGGGAAAUGCCAGAGCGGUAUUUUUCCUAGGGGAAUAUGCGAGGAGUGGCACGGGAAUAAAGCAGGAUAUACUAUUGGCAUUGUGGUGGUACACAGUAUCUGCCUCUAUGGGAAGCUAUGAAGCCAAAAUAAAAAUGAGAGAGACCAGGGCAGAGAUAGAAAGGAGGGACAUAGGACCUGAAAUACCAUACAUGUGUUGUGGAAUAGUUAUUUACAAGUACUACGAUGACUAA